UAGAUAUGAAUGUCGCUGAUUUUGAGGUGAAUCCGAAAUUCCUUGUAGACAUCAAAUGCAACGGAGGAGAGAAAUUACACUCACUCAUGAUGGCACUGGAGUCUAAUUGUUGCUGUUUGAAGUACGGCCACUUAGCUAUCCUGUUUCGGAUGACGGGGGGGGGGGGGGGGGGGGCAUUGCAUUGUCGCACCUUUGUUCUGAUAAGGCUCCCUGCCCCCAUAGUGUGAACAACUGGGAGGGCCGCUACAUAUAAAAAGGGGCCACUGUCCAUCUCUGGCUUGACUCCGUGCUACUGUGCGGCUGCUUAUCACCCCCCCUUUUUUUUUCCUCCCCCCCUACCACCCCCGAAGACCUUCCUCAUGGAUUUCCUCCGCGCGUGUGUGCUGUGCAGCGUCUUCCUCGGCUUGACCAAGGCUUUUACGCAGCAGGAUAUGAAAGAGGCGCUUUUGCGCAAACUGGGCCUGGACGAGGUUCCAAAGAUCCACAAGAGGGAUUUGCAGAAUUUGGUGGUCCCAGCUCACGUCAGAAACAAAUACUUGUCGAUGCUGAAGAUGCACCACAGCAGGAGACGCCGAUCUGCGCCGAGCCUGGCCGGCAUUUUGAGAGGAAUUCCCGGCAAUGCUGACAUUUCUGGCGAAUAUGUCUACUCCGACACCACUCGGCAUCGAAUGGUUUUCGAUUUGGAGUCAAUGAUCCCGGAUAACAGCGAGGUGACCAUGGCCGAGCUGAAACUCUACCAGAGGGCGUCGCACGCCAAGCGACUGGCGGCGGACAGGAGAAACCACCGACCCGUCAGCAACGCCCGAGUCAGCAUCUACUGGGUCGAGGAGCUGCCCAACGGAUCCAACCGCAGCUCGCUCGUCGACUCGCGGUUGAUCCCCAUUCACGAAACGGGCUGGAAGAGCUUUGAUGUGACCCAGGCCGUGCAUUAUUGGUCGAAGACUCAAGAGCAGAAGACGCCCAUGCACCUGGAGGUGUGGAUCGAGGGCGAGAGACCUGGCAGCUACGCGGCGGAGGUGGCCAAAAGUGUGCGCUUUACCACCCAGGAGCAGACGGACAACACCUUGGGCAAACCCGAGCUCGCCCUCUACACACUCAACCUCGAAGAGUACGGCUCUCGCGGCGACUGCGAUGCGAACCAGAGUAAGGGCACCUGUUGCAGGGAGCAGCACUUUGUUGACUUCCGCGCCCUCACGUGGACGCAAUACUGGAUCAUCGAGCCGGCGGGGUACCAGGCCUUCAGGUGCACCGGAGGCUGCAGGCAGCCCAAGCGGAACUACGGCUACGGCGAGAGGAGGUGCACGGUGUCGGAGAGCGCCCCCUUGCCCAUCAUGUACCUGGUCAAGAAGGGCGACUACACCGAGAUCGAAGUGGCAGAGUUUCCCAACAUGAUCGUGGAGAGGUGCGCGUGCACCAUGGACCAUGUCUCCAUCGUGUAAAGUCAACCAAACGGAAGCAGCGAUACUAGUCUCACAUGUGGGUCUAAUGGAACGCUGUCUCAUCACAUAUUUAAAGGGUUCGAACAAGUACUUCCUAUUUAAAACGGACAAUCACCCCGGAGUCACCACACACUCCUUUAGAGAGCACUUUUUUUUGGAUAUAUAUAUUUUGUACAGGUUGAAAUCAUUUUUUUAUUUUGAAUUUGCAUGCAGCCAUUCAAAUUCUGGCCCACGUGUUGUA